AAGAAAACGCAAACAAUUUCACACCAGUGCACAAGAACAAUGAACUCUUCUGUGCAACUCUAUAAUCUUCAAGAAAGAUAUGCAGAUGCUUUUGCAAAAAAUUUUACCAUUGUUUCUCUUGCGGUCAUAAUUGUCUCCAUUAAUGGAAUAUUUGUAUACAUAUUCUUUAGGAGUUCAAUUUUCUACAGUGAUCCAAGAUACAUACUGUAUAUUCACUUGGUUAUCAAUGAUAUGCUCAUGGUUUGUUUAUCUGUAACUCUUUUUGUGAUGAGUUUUGCAUGGCAAAAUGUACCAUUACCGUUCUGUGUCACCCUGCUAAUAGUAGCUGCAACUGCUCAUAAGAACACUCCUCUGACUUUGGCUGGUAUGGCUGUUGAGCGUUACAUUGCCAUUUGCAAACCAUUGCAUCACCAUCAGAUCUGCACAGUGCGCAGGACAUACAUUCUCAUCUCUCUGAUUUGGGGUGUAGGAGUCAUACCUGGAUUGACUGAUUUGAUUCUCCUUUCAAUUGUUCGUCCUUUAUCUGUUUUUACAACAACUGCUUCUUGUAGUGCAUCAAUUCUGUAUUCCACACAAUAUCAUGAAAUACACACCAGAUUUAUGAAUGGCCUUUACUCAUCUGUUGUGUGGUUAAUUCUUGUAUUCACAUAUUGUCAAGUGCUGGUUGCAGCCAGAAGGGCCUCCGCUGAUAAAUCCUCAGCAAAAAAGGCUCAAAGCACAAUCCUGUUACAUGGAGCACAGCUUCUGCUCUGUAUGAUGUCCUACAUUACUGCUAUCAUAGACAAGACGUUUGUCCCACUUAUACCAGCUGAUCGGGCAAGACUAACCUUUUUAAAUUAUCUUUUAACAAAUAUAAUACCACGACUGCUUACUCCCCUGAUUUAUGGUGUUCGUGAUAAACUUUUUUACAAACACAUGAAGAGGCUUUUUAAAUGCAGAAUAUUCAUUGUAAAAGUUGAAUCAACCAAUCAAUGA